CAGGUGGAUGGGAGCAAACUUCAGAAGGAAGAGACGCCUGGGCCUUGGGCACCCUCAGGGGCAGACCCAGGCAGAAAGGGCCUGAGGCCAGCCGGCCACCAGGGUAGCGGCAUAGCAGCCCGAGCUGCCAGGACCUGCGUAGGAGAGCUGCGAGUGUCCCUCAGGCUGUGAGCGACUUCCCGGCGAUGCCUCACAACUCGAUCAGAUCCGGUCAUGGAGGGCUGAAUCAACUAGGAGGGGCCUUUGUGAAUGGCAGGCCUCUGCCGGAAGUUGUACGUCAACGCAUUGUGGACUUGGCCCACCAGGGUGUGAGGCCCUGUGAUAUUUCUCGCCAGCUCCGUGUCAGCCAUGGCUGUGUAAGCAAGAUCCUUGGCAGUAGGUACUACGAGACUGGCAGCAUCCGGCCUGGAGUGAUAGGGGGCUCCAAGCCCAAGGUGGCCACCCCCAAGGUGGUGGAGAAGAUAGGAGACUACAAGCGGCAGAACCCUACCAUGUUUGCUUGGGAGAUCCGGGACCGGCUCCUGGCAGAAGGCGUUUGUGACAAUGACACUGUCCCCAGUGUCAGCUCCAUCAACAGAAUCAUCCGGACCAAAGUGCAGCAGCCAUUCAACCUCCCCAUGGACAGCUGUGUGGCCACCAAGUCUCUGAGCCCAGGACACACACUGAUCCCCAGCUCAGCUGUAACACCCCCAGAGUCACCCCAGUCGGAUUCCUUGGGCUCUACCUACUCUAUCAACGGGCUCCUAGGAAUUGCUCAGCCUGGCAAUGACAACAAGAGAAAGAUGGAUGAUAGUGACCAGGACAGCUGUCGGCUAAGCAUUGACUCACAGAGCAGCAGCAGUGGUCCUCGAAAGCACCUUCGUACGGACACCUUCAGCCAGCACCAUCUCGAGGCCCUUGAGUGCCCGUUUGAGCGGCAGCAUUACCCGGAGGCCUAUGCCUCCCCCAGCCACACCAAAGGGGAGCAGGGGCUGUACCCACUGCCCUUACUCAACAGUGCCCUGGAUGAUGGGAAGGCCACCCUGACACCUUCCAAUACACCUCUGGGACGCAACCUCUCGACUCACCAGACAUACCCCGUGGUGGCAGAUCCUCAUUCACCCUUCGCCAUAAAGCAGGAAACCCCAGAGCUCUCCAGUUCUAGCUCCACCCCUUCCUCUUUAUCUAGCUCCGCCUUUUUGGAUCUUCAGCAAGUCGGCUCUGGGGGCCCAGCAGGUGCCUCGGUCCCACCCUUCAAUGCCUUUCCCCAUGCUGCCUCCGUGUAUGGGCAGUUCACGGGCCAGGCCCUCCUCUCAGGGCGAGAGAUGGUGGGGCCCACGCUGCCUGGAUACCCACCCCACAUCCCCACCAGUGGACAGGGCAGCUAUGCCUCUUCUGCUAUCGCAGGCAUGGUGGCAGGAAGUGAAUAUUCUGGCAAUGCCUACAGCCACACCCCGUACUCCUCCUACAGUGAGGCCUGGCGCUUCCCCAACUCCAGCCUGCUGAGUUCUCCAUAUUAUUACAGCUCUUCAUCAAGGCCAAGUGCACCACCCACCUCUGCCACAGCCUUUGACCAUCUGUAGUUGUCAUGGGGACAGUGGGAAGAACCAGGCAACAGGAGGACUUGGCCUGAGACAGGCCCCAGAGAGUCACACAAAGGAAUCUUUAUUUAUUACAUGAAAAAUAACCACAAUUCCAGCAUUGCGGCUCACUCCCUGUGUGGUCAAUUAAAUGAACCAUGAAAGUCAGGAUGACCUUGGAGAAGGCCAAACUGUCCUCCAAGAUUCAUUUUGUGAGUGACAGGAGUUCCAGGAAACAAGAACCACCCAUUUCAAAAGAGACACAGUGGAGAAAUGUACGGAAGCACGUACCCAUCAAAGGAGAGAAAAAGGGUUCACAAAGAACUUAGAGGGAUAUGAGUCUGAGGGUGUACAGGGCCACCUGUGUGGUCUUCAUCUAGACAUCUCCAGCAGUUAUGAACAGUAAGCAAGUCCUUCUGGCCUACAAUCACAGCCUAGAGCCAAGGCUCUAAUUAUCAGUCGUCCUAGGAGUUACCACCUUGAGCCUCCACCACCUGCAUUUUCUGGGGAUUCAGCUGACCUUCUGUUUCCAGUUGCUAUGCAUUUAUAAGCACCCCUUAGCCUCUCAACCAGUGGCUACCCUUUUGACAGCAGCGAACCUGUUCCCUGGAAAGUUCACUGAGGCUCUAUGUAGAAUGGAAGACACAACGGAUGGGACCAGCCAUGUCCUCUCCCCGACAGCCCUGCCAUUCAAGUGUGCUUUCUGCAGUCCCAGCCUAUGCAGCCACCGAAGAGACCCCCAAGGCCAGCAACAAGAUUCCUUCUCUGGCUCCUCAGCUCUUUCCCCACAUACAACCUCACUGUAAAUACCGUAAAUGAAGCUCUGUUUCGGUCAAGCUUCCCUCUUUCCAUCCCCCCAGUCUUUGGUCUCUGAAAUAUCUCCCUACUAUGUUGGGUUUUUCUCCUUCAUACUUUUUUUUUUUUAAAAAAAAAAAAAAAAAAGAAAGACAGCCCACCAUUACCACAUGACUCAAUAAACCAUUACUCUUGGUCUCAGGUUUUAUCUUGGGGAUGGACUUCCGCUAAGCACAGAACCAAGUGAAUAACAAACUCACUUUGAAUAGAUUAGAAGGGAUAUUUUAGAUGUCCAGGCUUAGCAUUCUCUUCUGACUCUUAAUAGAUGUCCAGUGCUGGGUAAACCAAGUUUUGAGUUAAUCCACUAAGUUGAUGCCAGCAUAAAGCAAUCAUGUAUCACAGGACCAUACCAGUCAUACACUUUCCAUAAAUGGUUGGUGUUAAGUGAAAUCCAGAGUAUCAGGGAUGAAUUGGAAAGGUUCCCCAAAUAACCACAAGUGACCCCCACAUAAACAGCAGUUUUGAGCUUCAUAGUGCUGAAGGAAGCAAGCAAGGAGCUGAACUUUUCUUUUGUGUCAGGCACAGUGUGGGCAUCUAGGAAGACAAGUCCAAAUUAGCCCGAGUUUACAUAGAGAAAACCCAGCUUAGGAAGACAUGGGAUGGCGUAGCCCAAGUGGGAAGUCUUGGGUUCAACAAAGUCUUCUUAUCCUAAAUCUAGCACGUUCCGACAGUGCCACUGCACCCUCCUUAGGAGUACCAGAGGUUCUAAUACAAGGAAGGGCUAGAUAGGGAGCUUGCCACCAAGGGUUUACUUUCUUUUGCUGUUCACAGGGGUCUGUUCCCCCGUUUGGGAGAUGAGCUCUCUGGCAUCUAUGUCAACCCUUCCUUUCAUUCCGGACCCAGAUGAUCCAGCAUGCCUGGGAAGAGAACAGGAUAGAGUUUGGUGGAAUUUGUCAUCCCAACUUGGAGCUCCAUGGUUGGGAGGACAGAAGUAGCUAAAGUUGUUAUUUUUUUUCAGGUCUAGCUCAAAGGAGGCUCUAGGAACAUUCAAGGGGCAAGGAUGGGAUGAGCCUAAUUGUGUCAUGAGGGGAAACUACCCAAGAAGAAACCCUGUCCCCAUCCAUUCAUGGAAUGAAGUUCAUUUUUCAAUAACAGGGAUUUCUUCUAUCUGUAAGCUUGGAAGUAGAAAUCAGAGGCCUAUUGCAUUCAAAGCUUUUCAUGGCUCUGACUCACAGGAUUCAUGAGUUCUCUAAGGCAAUCCACAACUGAGACUCACUUUGAGGUUCCUGGUGUUUCUAGAAGUCUAUAUAGCGAUCCUUACAUUUAUAAACAAAACUCUUUCAGAAGAUAUUAUAUAGCCCUGGCAUUCACUUUCAUGUCUCAAAUGAUAGAGGGGAUCUGACAUAUAUGUUUGAUGCAAAACUUAACUUCCCUUUUCUGAGCUCAGCUAGUUACUGUAGGCUACUCAGUUGAGAACAAAUGCUGGAAGACUGUGUGGUGUGAGCCAGCAUCAACAUGUACUCCCCAGGACCUAGUCAGACACUAUCCAGUGCCUGACUCAGGGCUCAGAAAACAUUGGAAUAGAGCGAAUAUUCAAACUACCUCAACACUAGGGUGGUUCUGGGAGAGGUUUGCUUGUGGUCCAUGCAUGGACCCAAAGAAGGAGUGAUGGGAAGAAGCAGCUGCGACUGAGCUAGAUGGCCAUGUCCAUCU